GUUGAGAUUCUCCUUCACUCUUCGCUAUAGUAUCAUCCAAAUCCACGGUAAGUCCCCCUGUCUUUGCUUCAAGUAAGAACCCCUGUAUUCGUCUGGCAUAUCUCAUAUCCUCUGGACGGUAAGGUAAGACAACACCCAGGUGGAGACAUCAUGGUAAAACCUGGAUACAUCGCAGCAGCAACCCCCGGCCGGGAGAAUACAAUGGUCUCCAACGGAAAACGAAUGCGAAUCCUUUGGACCGAUGGCGAUGGUAGGGGCGACUCCAACAAGGCCUUCAUUACGGGGUCGAAGACUACAGUACGCGGUCAUCCGACCUGGAAGAUGUACAUGGGGAAGGUACCGCAUCCCAUUAUCUACGGUAGAAGGGAGCCUCAAGUCUACAAAUCCCGAACAUACACCGCUAGGGAGCUCAGCACAUUUUGGCUGUAUGAUUUUGACAAUCUAGGCAACAUCAAGGCCAACAGACCCAACCGCGAUCGGCCUGCAUAUCUCGAAACUUCUACCACGGUGUUUGCCAGGGGCCUACUUCAUGACGACAAAACAGCCGAAUAUGAGUUCUGUGGUCGCCCGGCUUCAUCAGAACAAAACACCCCCGAUUGGCGUGUAAGGAGACCAGAAGAAGAAGCACAGGCAAAGAGAAUCAAGGCUAGCACUCAAAUCUCGCUCAGCGGUACCAUGCCCGUCUUGUCCAUGUACGAGAGCUCUAUACCCAGGCCCUACGUCUCCGGGCCUAUCGACGGCAACACCAAGCCACUGAGCAUCACCAACAAGGCGAUUCAAGGCUUACCGUACUUCGACAUCCCGACAGCAACCAUUCGGAAGAGACCUAUAGCUAUUCCUGGCGACAUGGCUGGAGUGUAUGCAGACUUCAGCUCCAAGCGGAACGCAGAGGCUGCGCUCCCGACUGCUGGCUCAGCGGGUACUGAGACCACAGGAAUGAUCGCGGCGCCAGAACCAAAAAGGAUCAAGGUCAAGCAAGAGGCGGACAUCCAGAGUGAGCUGCUGGCGAUGUCGGAGAAACUAGACAGUUCUGAAUGAGGUGAGUGUUGCGAAGGCAGCCCGAAAAAGUCUACAUCUGUUUGCCAUCCUGGUUGGUGGGCGUUGACAGGAUGGUCGGGCGUUCAUUGAUGUCUUGAAGGAUGAAUGGGCACUUUUGGCCAAAAGUACGUAGGAGGAAGUCGAUCGGUUGCAAUCCAACGAUGAUCAAGUUCUCACACUACCC